GUAGGACCAAAAUUAUAUAUACACCUGUAUAAAAAUAUACUCCUUCCCCCAAAAAAAACUUGACCAUUUUACAUUUCUCUUUCACUUUUCCCACACUUUUUUUUUAAUCUGGUAAGAAUGGAAGCCAUUGAUGAUUAUGCCAAUGAGAACAUUGUUCGGUCCUUAGCUUACACCGCACUGGAAGAACGUCAAUGCCAUCAUUACGUCGGUCUCUUACCCAUCGCCUCUCCUCUGUUACGCCAGCGUAUUCAAAUCCUGGAACCCACCACGCCUUCCGCAUGGGACAAUGCCGUGCAAUGGCAAGCCGACGACUGUCCCCUCAUGAUUGAGUCCCUUUGGUCCAGUGGUGGUUCUGUCGCUGACGAAAUCUAUCAAAAGCCCGUCUAUUACCAACGGAUUGACGCUGACACUUUACACGCCGUAGUGGAAUUCGCCACACGGGAAAAGUAUCAUUACAUUGUCAUCCUCAGUCUGGAAGAAGGGUCUGGUGAAAUGUCUGAUCUCAAAUACUACAAUACUAAAAGACUCACAGAAGAGGAAUGGAUCGAUCUGUUUGAAAAUUGGUCAAGAACCAUUGAGGAUGCUGAACGUGUAUUUCUUACAAGAGUCACACGACACAAGCGAGUAUUCACCGCUGGAACACCCGACGGUAUGAAGGAAGCACCAGAGGAUUAUUGGGGAGAUUGGUCUUCGGAUGAUGGCACAUCUUCCUCUACACGCGAACAACAAAAGGAAGCUCACACAGGUCCUCAUCCAUUACGAGACGAUCUUCUUAAGGAGUCCGAAGGAGAUUCGGACGAAGAAUAUUAUUCACGUUGGAGCAAAGAUCCAGGCACAUUAACACCCGGUCAACAAGAAGAACAAGAUGAAAUGGCUGAAGAAUACGAUCAGAGUUACAAUCCUCUUUUUACUGUUCCCAGUGUGCCCAAUUUAAUGGACGCUCAUACAGCUGCUCUUACCGAACUCACCACCAUGCUUCAAAAUUCACUUCCCGGUCCACAUCAGCAGCAUCAGGCCACAAAACGUGUAACACAAACAAACGCAUUACCAAAAGCCGUUUCAAGAUUAAGAACUCAUCCAGAAGAGAAGAGAUUGAUCCCGGGUGCAUACCCUGAAAGCGGUGCACAAUCACCCGUUCGUACUCAACAACCAAAAUUAUCCUUGGAAGAGAACAAGGAAGCAGGUCGAGGUUUAUUUAUGAAGAGUCUAAGUGCUUUAAUUGGUGCUGCGCGUUUAUUGGGAUAUGAAGGAAAAGAUAUUUUAGAUAUGGUACAAGAAAUUGUGAAUCAUCCAUCAAAUUAAUCAACAUUUAUAAUAAGAAAGAAAGAAAGAAAAAAAAA